ACUGGGCAUUUGCCAACUGAAAUAAUUAGUCUUCUCUCUCACUCUCUCUCCUCUUCUCCCACCCACCCCUCUGCCCUUUCCUCUCCCUCCGUUGUGUGAUAAACCCCAGCAUUUCCCUUCUCCAAAGUCCUCAAAGCUCCCGACUUGUGGGCAUCUCUCUCUCUGGUGACGAUGCUUCCCUCCAAAUCCAAAUCUGGCUUAUCUGACACUCCAAAUAGCAAAACCACACCAGCUACCCCUAGGGUUAGCAAAUUAGGUAGGGCUGGAUCCACCAGGUCAGAUUCUGCGUCGCCAUCCCCGGUGCAAAAGCCACGCUUUUCAGUUGAUCGGUCACCGAAAUCAGUAGAGUCGAAGCCUGCCACCAAGACCAGUACUACUCCUGAUAAACAUCCACGGACAUUGAGGGGACCAGAGCUUCAGGCACAAUUGGAUGUAGCUCAGGAAGACCUGAAGAAGGCUAAGGAGCAGUUGGCUUCAGUUGAGCAAGAGAAGACCCGAGUUCUUGAAGAAUUGAAGGAUGCAAAGAGAUUGGCUGAUGAUACAAAUGAAAAGCUCAAGGAAGCUAUUGCUGCUCAGAAGAGGGCCGAGGGGAGCUUGGAGAUUGAGAAGUUCCGGGCGGAUGAAUUGGAACAAGCAGGCAUUGAAGCUGUGCAGAAAAAGGAGGAAGAAUGGCAGAAGGACCUCGACAACAUUCGGAGCCAACAUGCUGUGGAUGUCUCAGCGUUGCUUUCUGUAACUCAGGAACUCCAGAGAGUGAAACAUGAACUAGCAAUGGCGACCGAAGCAAAGGACACUGCCCUCGGCCAUGCUGAUGAUGCUAUGAAAAUUGCUGAAAUCAAUGCAGAGAAGGUGGAGCUUUUGUCUGGGGAAAUCAACCGUUUAAAAUCCUUGCUGGAUUCCAAGGUGGAGAGCAUGAAUAAUGAAGCAGCAGAAAUGGUUAAGAAGUUGGAUGCUGAAGUCAACGCUUUGAAACAAGAACUUGAGAGAGUGAAGGCAGCUGAGGAGAAGUUGAUCGAGAUGGAAUCCUUGGCUGAAGGGCUUCAGAUUGAGUUGGCUGAUGCCAAGAAGGCUGAAUCAGAUUCAAUUAAGCUGGCUGAUGAAUGGAAGAAGAAGGCAGAGUUGCUAGAGGUUCAGGUAGAGGAGUCCAAGCAGUCUGAAAAAUCCUCAUCGGAUUCCCUGGCAUACACAAUGAAACAGCUAGAGGAGAACAAUGCUUUGUUGGAAGAUGCUGAAUCUGAGAUUGCCACUCUUAAAGGAAAGAUGGAAUCCUUGGAGAUUGAGGUUGCUAGGCACAAAACUGAUCUUGAUGAGUCAGAUAGGCGUCUUGAUUUGGCCCAGCAAGAGGCAUCGGACAUGGGAAAAACAGUCGAAGUAUUAAAGUCUGAACUUCAGGCAUUGGAGGAGGAAAAGUUGCAGGCACUUAACAAUGAGAAAGCUGCUGCAUCAAACAUCGAAAGCCUGAUGGAGGAAAGAAACGAACUGAUCGAAGAGCUCAAUAGUGCUAGAGAUGAAGGAGAAAAGGUCAAGAAAGCAAUGGAAGGUUUAGCUUCAGCCUUGCAUGAGGUGUCGACAGAAGCUAGGGAAACACAAGAAAGACUUUUAACAAAGCAAGCUGAAAUUGAAGAUGCCCAUGCUCAGAUAGAGCAGUUGAAAUCAGCUCUCAAGAACAGUGAAGAGAGGUAUGAAGUCAUGCUGGAUGAAGCGAGAUAUGAGAUUGUCUGCCUCAAGAAAACUGUGGAAAGAUUUGAAACAGAGGCCAAAAGCUCAAGUGGCGAGUGGGAAGAAAAAGAGCUUAAUUUUGUCGCUGCUAUUAAAAAGUCAGAAGAAGAACUUGCUUCUCUCAAGGUCGAAGUGGAAAAGGUGGUGGAUGCACUCACGGGAGCAGAACUUGAAGCAAAGGCUGCAAGGGAUGAUGCAGCCCAGAUGAUAACUAAGCUAGGAGAAGCUGAAUCCAAGGGAAUGGCUGCCAACGAAGCAGCAGAAGAGGCGAAGGCUGAGAGUUUGCAGUUGAAGGAAAGGUUGUUGGACAAGGAGAAUGAGCUGCAAAGCAUCACUCAGGAGAAUGAUGACCUUCGAAUCCGGGAAGCGGCUGCCCUGGAGAAAGUCAAAGAGCUAUCUACAUUGCUCACGGAGGCCACCGCCAAGAAAACUGAGGAAAAUGGUGAGCUAUCAAACAGCGAAAAAGAUUACGACAUAGUACCAAACACUUCUGAAUUUCCAAACGUAAAUGCUGAUGAGAGUGAAGCAGAAAAAACGAAGUCAGAAGUACCCUCAGGAAAGCUUGAAGAUUGUCGUACAGAAGAUCUAAAAACCAAAGAAGCUAAUGGGAAUAGAGAUCCAAAUGAUGAGGAGGAACCUGUGGAAGUCAAGAUGUGGGAAAGCUGCAAGGUUGUGGACAAGGAUCUUGCAUCAGAGAGGGAGCAUGAGGCGGAAUCAAUAGAUGACGAUUUAUACUCGAAGAUAGAAAGUGGCAGCUCUGAUCAGAUAAAUGGAUUAUUAACGAAAGACAUGGAUGAUGGGGUCACUUCGCCUACCAAGCAGCAGCAGGAGCAAAAGAAAAAAAAGGCUUUGCUCCACAAGUUUGGGAGCCUGCUGAAGAAGAAGGGAAACCAUAAGUAGCAGAGAAGCUCCACCACAGGUAUCCCAUUAUUUUGUAUGAACUUCUGCAUUGUUGUGCUUUGAGGCUUUUGUUUUAUGGUUUCUGAUGCUUGUGUUGAUCUAUCAAGGCUUGUCUGGAAAUUUGUAACAGCAUGGAAAGUGUAUUUGAGAUCCUCUACUGCUCCUUCGCCAGUUUUUUAUGUGUACGAGCAUUGUAAAAUUUUUAUUAUGACAUACAUUGCUUAUAGACCGGAGAAGACAGAUAGCUGCUAUGAUUUUAUAAUAGCCAUGCACCCAAUGUGCUCAUUGAAGCCAUCA